AAGGAAGUUUAUUAAUUAUUCAUAUUUUAGUCUAUUGUCAAGUCAAGGAGAUGCAGAAGCGGAACACUAUACGGGUUAAUUUUACAAUAAUCUGGCUGUAUUUUUACGUACAUACAGGGAAUUCGCAGGAACCAUGCAGUUCACCUGAUCCCAACAUUGCUGGAACUGUGUACGAGUCCAAUUUUUCUUCUUUUGACCCAAACUCCCCACUCUAUAGGACAGACACAACGAUAGAAGGAAUAAAUCAGGGAACUAAUCAGAACUCGGGAGUCAACAUAACGUUUGUCAGAUCACCACUCACUCCUGCUGAUAUUAAUUUAAAUAAUCUGUUUGAAUUGAUAAGUUAUCCAGUAUCAGGAUCACAAUUUGGAACUAGGACUUUUAUUCGAUUAAAGUCAGCAAUUGACAGAGAUGGAAGUUCCUAUAUAGCUAGUGAUGAUCUUGAUACUGUAGAAUUUCAAUUAUCUUGUCGUUCUUUGAAAGACCCAACCCAGACAAAGUUUUUCCUGAUGCAGUUGGAGAUUCGAGAUAUAAAUGAUAAUGCACCUAUAUUUGGAAAUGCUCCUUAUUCUGCUUCAGUCGAUGAGUCAGCACCAGUUGGAACAACAGUGUAUUCUGGGAUAACAGCUACAGAUCUGGAUGCAGGAAGCAACAAAGAAAUAGAGUAUGCCAUAGUACCCGGAGAUGGAAGUAUUGAUUUGUCUGGGGGUUUUCAGACUGAUGGUUCAGCCAGAUUUGCACUUCCUAUCACUUUAAGAGGAGAAAUAGUUGUCAGCAAUUCUUUAGACUUUGAAUCUGUUCGGUCAUAUACCUUCACCAUAUCUGCGACAGACAAAGCCAGCAAUGUUGCAGACAGAAAACAGACUACCACCACCAUCACAAUAACUGUAAAUGAUGUGGAUGAUUUAGGACCUAAAUUUGUGUAUUCCUUCUGUUUUAAUGUCAACAAUGUUUGUUUUAACCCAAUUUAUACGUCAAGUAUCACAUCUGGAUCAACAGCUGGUGCUCUAGUAUUUAGUCCGGUACCCGUGGAUUCUGGAAAUCCCAAAGCAACAGUGGACAUCAUUGCAGAGGACAGGGACACUCUUAAUGCUUCAAUCACCUUUACAAUACGACAAACUUUACCAUCUGGGUACCAGAACAGAUUCCAAGUCACCACUCAACAAGUUUCUGGCUCAGCAAACCAAUAUCGAGCCCUUGUUAACCAAACAGGAGCAAUAAAUUUGUCCCAGGUUUCUGAGCUGGAACUUUUCAUUGAGGCUAAAGAGAAUGUAGCUCACCGAUAUUCUGACAGAGCUACAAUAAAGUUGUUCUUGGCUGCAGCCAACACCGGUAACCAAACUUCUGAUGACUGCAACAACAAUUCCCCACUAUUUUCUGCUCCUGUAUACUUUGUAAACAUUUUGGAGGGAAAUUAUACUGAGUACCACCAACGCAUUCUGAUGAUUUCAGCCACUGACGAUGAUUUGGAUGACAUUGAGUACGAUAUUCAGAGUAUUUCAAACAACGGCGACAGUGUGUUCUCUCUGGAAUCAAAUAGUGAAAAUAAGGCCGUCAUUACAUGUGGUGGUUACAUUGUUAAGGGACAGUCGUUCGGCAUUGUAGUACGUGCAACUGAUCGUGUAUUACCAAUAUCAAGGAGGAGAAGUUCCUCAGUCCAAAUUGAAGUAAAGGUUGGUCCUUCUGGAGCGCAGUUAAUUCCUAGCAAAGCAGUAUCUAUUCGAAUUUCUUAUUCAGUGAUGACAUUAAUAUUCUUCAGGUUCUUGGCGUUUUUCUGACUUGGAAAAAAUAUAGACAUUAUACCUGCAAAAAAGUCAAUCUUUGACAUGUUUCAUGUAUGGAACUCGUUCAAUAAAGAUUAUGAAAUGUUCACUUACAGGUUGUAUAUUUUAACAGUUAUAUUCUCCCUCACUUUGUUCGUCCGAAUAUAAAUUAAUUAUGUUCUGAGCAUACGGAAAGAAAGAGUCUAGAUUUCUAUAAUCUCGUUGUCUACAGAAAAGUGACAUGUUACAGUGUAUACCAAGUACUCAGUGAUGGGCCAUUCGUGGGAAUUCUUGCUUUCAUUGCCAAAUAAAAUAACCAUGUAAAUUAAAGUGGUUGUAUAGAAACUGCUUGUCCCUGUUGUGAAUUUGAAGCCCAAUGGACCAACAUUCUUCUAUAAAUUGAACCCUGAGUUUUGCCAACUUAAAAAGCCAUACAAUGGAUACAUUUUCGUUUGUAGACAACAGUAAAAGAUUUGUUGUCAAGAUUUUCCCUGAUGGAAUAGAAAUUCCGUUCAGUUCGAUGCCUAGUAAAAGAAAAGUUCAUAAUCAAAAUAUCAAAGGUUUUACUGGUUUUACAGAAAAUUGUGAAAAAGAAAAAAAAUAGGAGAUGGGAUCUUCAAAUACCGGUAUGUUUCUGAUAUAAACUUAACAUUUCUUCAUAUUUUGUAUGAUCUGUUGUUUCUAGACCCUUUUGUGAUUAAAAAAUAUAGCUUUAAGUAACUGCAUCAAUUCUUUGCUUGGAAUUUGAAGUUAAAGAAACAAAGGAAACGGGUUGUUUGAGAAUAUCUUUCUUCCAAAAAAUGUGGAGGUAAAAAAAAAAAACACUUAAGAAUUGCAAUAUUAAAUAGCCAUUAUUUUUAUAACUUGAUUCAUAAUAAAUAUAAUUUAUUUCCA